CUGCGUUCCACACCGCUUACUGCAGUACGGAGUAGUAGGGGGAUGUAGUACGGAUUCAUUAUUAACCUUAAUGAAAUGCGUACUAUUUCCUGACAUUAAUGCUGUAGUAUGCAGUAUGCCGUGAAGAAAGCAGAGAGCUCAGGGCGGGAAGGAAAGAAAGAAAGAAGAAAAAAAAAAAAAAAAAAUAGUAGCACGCGUGCGCCUCACGCGCGCAUUUCCAGUCGCUCGGCUCGGCGCGCGUGCAGCCGAAGAAAAGCCAGGCGCGUGAGGAGAAGCUGAGAAAACAAAACAAAAAAAAAAAAACUCCAAGGAAGUGGUCAAUCAGGGCAAUGGCGGUGCCCGCGGCUCACGAGUUCCACUGGCAGAACCUGGCACGCCUGUCAAGUGGGCGCGUGUAUCACUCUCUAGCCGAAGUCGGAGGUCAGCUAUACAUGCUGGGGGGCUGUGACGCCACCGGACGAGCCACCAACUGCAUGGAGCUCUACUGCCCAGAGGUGGACCAGUGGGUGAGUCUGCCCCCGAUGCCUACGGCCAGAGCAGGUGCCGCUGUAGCGGUGUUAGGCAAGCAGCUUCUCGUGGUGGGAGGUGUAGGCAAGGAGCAGCGCCCUCUCAAAGCUGUGGAGGUCUACAACACCGAGGAGGGCAAGUGGAGGAAGAGGAGUUCGUUGAGGGAGGACUUGAUGGGGCUCGCUGUUACUGUUAAAGACGGCAGAGCCUUCGCUGUUGGUGGAAUGGGAGCAGACCUGCUGCCCAGAAGCGUUCUCCAGCAGUACGACCUUCGCAAGGACGUCUGGGCCCUUCUGCCGCCCAUGCCCACCCCUCGCUAUGAUGCUAGCAUCUGCCUUCAGGGAUCCAAGAUAUAUGUAGCAGGUGGGCGUCAGUGUAAGCGUUUGGUAAAAGUAUUUGAAGUUUUUGACACGGACAGCCGCACCUGGUCUUCGCUACCCAGCAUGCCUUGUAAGAGAUCCUAUUCCGGGGUGCUGUGGGAUAGCACAGGGCGCCUCUGCUGGCUGGGAGGUCUUCGUCAAGGAGGCAUCCAUCAAAGCUCCAAGUUCACCAAGAAUGUCAGCAUCUUUGACACCAGCCAGGGAUCUUGGUUGAAAUCUGAAGAAACCGUUGCCAUGAAGACAAAACGUGCAGACUUUGUAGCAGCCAUCGUACGUGGAAGAAUGCUUGUGGCCGGUGGACUGGGUCAUCAGCCCUCGAUGCUGGAUACUGUCGAGGCUUUCCAUCCUGAAAAAAGAAAAUGGGAGAGUCUGGCUCCCAUGACAACCCCACGCUGCUCCGCAUCCAGCAUCGUUAUCCGUGACCGCCUGUUGGUGGUGGGGGGCGUCAAUCAAAUCCCAAGCUCCGCCCAUGAGAUUCUUUACGUGAAGGAGGAAGAGGUUGUUUAGCCGCUCUGUAGCCCGGGAAAAUUUUGCCUUCAUCAUGACAGUAGACUGCUAAACACGCUUGCCUGUUAUAGAAUCUUCGAUAGGAAAAUUAUAUAGAAAACAAAUAAUGUAAAGUCCAAAGCACAAAGUUUUCAGCUAUAGCUCUCAUUGUUCAAUUCUACAGCACACACACACACAGACAGGACAAAAGACAAUCCACUUGUCAAUAUGAAUACUGUAGACAAGCAUGUGAGAGUGUAGUUUAUAUUAUCUACGUCAUGUAUUUUAAAGUGACCAAGUGUUGGAUUCUGUGUUUAUCUAAAGAAAUUUGUCUUCUGAGAUAUUUGCAGGUAUUUUUGUAGUUUUAUCUAAAACUGUCAGGUUGUUAUCGCUGUGGGUUUGUACUCCCGACUAUGGCCUUGAGAAUUCUUUCCGUUUCUCUCUCACAAAGUGAAGUUUAUAGCUGAAACAGGUGCACCGUUGGGGUAGCCUAGACAAAUUACUCUUCAUGUCAGCUGUUUUCGUGCCUGCACUUUGAGAAUUGUGAUGUAUUGUAAUGAGCUCCUUAGGAUAUGAAUAUCUGACUGUUUCUUCGGAAUUUUCUGUUUCAGAAUAGCUUGUUGGAUAUUUAUCUCGCAGUAUGAUCCAUAGUGUAGCUCUGGGGGACAUGCCAGAUAAUUUAUAAUAAUAGAUUGUAUAAUAAUGGGCCUCAUUUAUCAGGCGUUUAGUAAAGUUGUGUGUAAAUGCUUUCCUCGGCCAAACUGAAUUGCAAAUUCUUAAACUAAAAAGUUUGGAAAAUGGAAAUGAUGAAUUUGUGACUAAAUGUUGAAAGAGCGCCAUCUAAGUGCGAUCGGCGCGAAAUCUUCCGGUAAUGCAGCUCAGCCAUUGCAUCACUUAGGCUAACUUUAGACACACACUAACUUUUCUUCCCGUUAUAGGUUUAAUUUCUGCUUUCUUUCAUAAUAUGAAAUGACGGAAUUCCACAAAAUGAUUAUUGCAUUUGUUUGUAAAGUAAAUAAAUAAGUGAUUUAAACUUGACAUAUCCACUGCAUGCAUAAAAUAAAACUAGAGCAAUCCAUCACCAAUUAAGAUAUAAUAAGAAAAGAUAAGAUACACCGAUCAGGCAUAACAUUAUGAGCAGUGAGAGGUGAAGUGAAUAAGACUGAGUAUCUCCUCAUCAUGGCACCUGUUAGUGGGUGGGAUAUAUUAGGCAGCAAGUCAACAUUUUGUCCUCAAAGUUGAUGUUAGAAGCAGGAAAAAUGGACAAGCGUAAGGAUUUGAGCGAGUUUGACCAAAGGACCAAAAUGUGAUGGCUAGACCACUGGAUCAGAGCAUCUCCAAAACUGCAGCUCUUGUGGGGCGUUCCCGGUCUGCAGUGGUCAGUAUCUAUCAAAAGUGGUCCAAGGAAGGAACAGUGGUGAACCGGCGACAGGUUCAUGGACGGUCAAGGCUCAUUGAUGCACGUGGGGAGAGAAGGCUGGACCGUGUGAUCCGAUCCAACAGAUGAGCUACUGUUGCUGAAGAAGUUAAUGCUGGUUCUGAUAGAAAGGUGUCAGAAUACACAGUGCAGGACGGGUCAGGGCUGUUUUGGCAGCAACACACUAUUAGGCAGGUGGUCAUAAUGUUAUGUCUGAUGGGUGUAAGAACUUUAUUAAUCCAGGUGGAACUUAUUUUGCCAGAGACUGCUUCAGAUUACAAGAAAAAUAAAUAUAAAUGAAAUAUUCUAUACAUUGAAAGUGUCUGCAAAAGUACAAAAAAUAUAUACCUUUUAAAGCCGAUCAAUCAAAGCUUUUAUAGGAUACAACCAUUUUCCCCCUGCUAACUGGAUUUUUAUUCUUUCUUGUGUAAAAGCAUGAAUGAAUAAAUAUGCAGUUUGAUAAAUGAGGCCCAGAGUGUUUAUGAUUCCAGGUUUUUGGACUGAAAGUGUUACUCUUAGUACAGAAAGCUAUGUAUUAUGGGAGACAGAUUAACGAUUAUGCACCGUUAUGAGUCGGAUGAAAAAGUGACUUUUCUUGUCAGUAUUUGUAUUACGGAAAAUCAGCCACAGCAAUAAAAGUCCAGCACAAUGUAACAAAAACAGAUUUUGUAGAAAGGACUGCACCAUCACAUUACAGCCAUUAAACAAGCUAUGUUGCUCA